CGCAAAACCCCCCGCUCUUCCUUUUCUCCUCUUCCUCGCGUCGUCCACCUUUUUUCUCUCUCUUUCUCUGCUUUUUCCGAUUUUUGUCCCAUGUACAGACGCAUGCCAUGGACCCCCGACGAUUUGCUGUUUAGUUCUCUCUCUGAGCAAACAAAGUUAGCUCCGAAGCUUUCCUUUGGGUCUUUGAUUCUUAAAGGCGGGGCGAAUACCAGUCUCCUCUUGCAUCAGUUACACUUGCCUGGCCUUUUCAUUCAUUCCCAUCAUCAGAGGUCGGCGAUCAACGCUGGAAGAUCACCGUUUCUGCCACGUCCAAUGACCCACUUUAAAUUCUUUCGAUUUUCUUCAUCUGAACGACCCUUUGAUGUUGUAGGCAUGUGAAGGAGGAAUUAUUGGCUGAAGUGGUUUGAUCACUAUGGAGUUGUGCAACUGCAUUGAGCCACCAUGGCCGGCUGAUGAACUGUUGAUGAAGUACCAAUAUAUUUCGGAUUUCUUCAUUGCACUUGCUUAUUUCUCUAUCCCUCUAGAGCUGAUCUACUUUGUCAAGAAAUCUGCGGUCUUUCCAUAUAGAUGGGUCCUUGUUCAGUUUGGUGCUUUUAUAGUUCUCUGUGGGGCAACACACCUUAUUAACUUAUGGACUUUUACAAUGCAUUCAAGAACUGUGGCCUUAGUGAUGACCACUGCAAAGGUUUUAACUGCUGUUGUGUCGUGCGCAACUGCCCUCAUGCUUGUACAUAUAAUUCCUGAUUUAUUGAGUGUUAAAAACAGAGAACGGUUCUUGAAAAGAAAAGCUGCAGAGCUUGAUAGAGAAAUGGGCUUGAUUCGUACACAGGAAGAAACGGGUCGUCAUGUCAGGAUGUUGACUCAUGAGAUCAGAAGCACUCUUGAUAGACACACUAUACUGCAGACCACACUUGUUGAACUGGGUAGAACUUUGGCAUUGGAGGAGUGUGCCUUGUGGAUGCCGACACGAACUGGCUUGGAGCUUCAACUCUCCUACACUCUCCGUCAGCAGAACCCGGUUGGAUAUACUGUGCCCAUUCAUCUUCCUGUGAUCAAUCAAGUUUUGAGUAGUACCCGUGCAGUAAAAAUAUCACCCAGUUCCCCAGUAGCAAGAUUACGGCCUCUUGCAGGAAAAUACAUGCCUGGUGAGGUUGUUGCCAUCCGUGUCCCGCUCCUACAUCUUUCUAACUUCCAAAUCAAUGAUUGGCCAGAGCUCUCGACAAAACGUUAUGCUUUGAUGGUCUUGAUGCUGCCCUCAGAUAGUGCAAGGCAAUGGCAUGUCCAUGAGUUAGAGCUGGUUGAAGUGGUUGCUGAUCAGGUGGCAGUUGCUUUGUCACAUGCUGCAAUCCUAGAAGAGUCAAUGAGAGCAAGGGAUCUUCUUAUGGAGCAGAAUGUUGCACUAGAUCUUGCCAGAAGAGAAGCAGAAACAGCAAUUCGCGCUCGAAAUGAUUUCUUGGCAGUUAUGAACCAUGAGAUGAGAACUCCCAUGCAUGCGAUGAUUGCACUUUCUUCCUUGCUGCAGGAGACUAAGCUGACACCUGAACAGCGGCUGAUGGUCGAAACAAUAUUAAGGAGUAGUAAUCUUUUGGAUACUCUCAUAAAUGAUGUAUUGGACCUUUCAAGGCUUGAAGAUGGCAGCCUUCAACUUGAUGUUGGAACUUUUAACCUUCAUUCUGUAUUUAAGGAGGUCCUUAACUUGAUAAAGCCUGUUGCAUCUGUAAAGAAGUUGCCGGUUACAUUAAAUUUAGCGCAAGAGUUGCCAGUGUAUGCGGUAGGUGAUGAAAAACGCCUUAUGCAAACUAUGUUGAAUGUUGUUGGUAAUGCUGUGAAGUUCUCUAAAGUGGGCAGCAUCUCAAUCGCUGCCUUUGUUGAAAAAUCAGAAUCGCUAAGAGAUUCACAAGCACCAGACUUUUUUCCUGUGCCAAGCGAUAGUCACUUUUAUUUGCGUGUACAGGUGAAAGAUUCAGGAUCCGGAAUUAGCCCCCAGGAUAUUCCCAAGAUCUUUACCAAAUUCUCACAAACUCAAUCAUUAGUGACUAGGAAUUCUGGUGGCAGCGGACUUGGCCUUGCGAUUUCUAAGAGGUUUGUAAAUCUUAUGGGGGGACAUUUUUGGCUUGAAAGUGAAGGUAUUGGCAAGGGAUGUACUGCUACAUUUGUUGUGAAACUUGGGAUUCCAGGGCUAUCUAAUGAAUCAAAGUUUCCCUUUGCACCUAAAGUGCCAGUAAAUCAUGGUCAGACAGACUUUCCAGGGCUCAAGGUUCUUGUUAUGGAUGAUAGCGGGGUUAGCAGGAUGGUGACAAAGGGACUACUUGCACACUUGGGAUGUGAGGUGACAACUGUAAGCUCAAGCGAGGAGUGCUUGCGUGUUGUUUCUCAUGAACACCAGGUGGUUUUCUUGGAUGUUUGCGUGCCGGGUAUCGAUGGCUACGAGCUUGCUGGUAAUAUACAUGAAAAAUUUACGAGAUGGCUUGAAAAGCCACUGAUAGUAGCACUUACCGGGGACGCAGACAAGGUUACUAAGGAGAACUGCACGAGAUUUGGUAUAAAUGGAGUAUUAAUUAAACCUGUUUCAGUUGAUAAAAUGAGGAGCAUUUUGUCAGCUUUGGACCAACGGAUUCUAUACAAGGCCAUCUUAAGCAAAGCAGCUGUAAUAUUCAACACCAGAAGGAAUGUUUUUGUGAUUUCAGUCUCCGGUAUAUGCCAGUGGUAUAGGAGCUAAGCCAUGCAUUAAGAAUGAAGAGAGAGUGCAAAUAACAUGACAUCCAAGGAGCAGGUUUUUGUGUUCUUUUUGAAUUCGCUAUCAAACACCGGCGAGAGAAAAACAAGGGAUGGCUGCUAAAGUUUUUUUUUUUUUUUUUUUCCUUUUAUGGUAGCAUGUAAAACUAAUGGCCUUUCUAUUGGUAAUUAUAUAUAUAUAUAUAUAUAUAUAUAUAGAUAUAGAUAUAGUUUUAUUCAGGAUGAUGAUGAUCACUAAGAUGAACUGGGAAAGAGAGGGAUUGACUGAUGACGUUUGUUAACAAUAAGAGACCCUCAUCGCCUCUUGAAAUGCA